AUGUCUCUAUUAUUUCUACGAUACGGCUCACGCCGUUGCAUGUCAGUUUGGAAGACCGCGGCUACAUCCGGUGCUUCAACAACAAGCCAAUCAUCCAAUGAAAAAUAUGUCAAAACAUACGAUCGAAAAGAAGAUGUGGACCAAAAACGAGUAACAGUUCCCAUUAAUCGAGAUCUACGCUCACCAAAUACACAAACACACACUGGUCAAGCUUUCGACGAGGAUGAUUAUCGAAAUAUUCGUUUUGUUAAUAAAGGAAAACUGGUAAACACCAGAUUUGCCAUCGAUUAUGUUCGCGAUGAUCCGGUCGUUGUGUGUAGAGCACGCGGCGUAUGGUCAGACAGUGGCGGUCCUCUAGGUCAUCCAAAAGUGUACAUUAACCUAGACAAACCUAUCGUACACAGUUGUGGCUAUAGUGGUCGAAAGUUCAUUCAAAAGAAAUAUUAUGACGAAAGUAAACAUGGUCCGUCGAUAACUUAUGAAGAAUAUCUAGCACAAGUCCGAAAUAAAGAUCACUGUGCUUACGAUUCCGCACAAGCGGCACCUUACCAAUAA